AUGACGCCGACACCUUUAAAUGAUGAUCCGAUCAGUGAUCUUCGGGAUCACGAAGCUGAUACAACGAAAGCAUCUCAGGGAAUUUCCACGCCGACACAGUUACCGAUGUCUACUCAGUCUCUGAAAUUCAAAUCUCCAGACAGAGCAGAGGGAUCUGAUAACAUUCAAGCAUAUGCAAUGUUGGAUUUUGAGAAUUUUACCUUUUAUGUGCAAACGAUGCAAAUAUUACUUGGAAGAUUGGUUGAAGGAGAUACAAGCACAGACUCUUUGGACGUUCAUCUUGGACAACAGAAGGCCAUUUCUAGAAGACACGCAAAAAUAUUCUACAACUUUGGUAACCAACGGUUUGAGUUAUCUGUUGUGGGGAGAAACGGGGCCUUUGUCGACGAUAUGUUUGUUGAAAGUGGGGUCACUCUCCCUUUGAAGGACAAUACGCGAAUACAGAUUGGGGAAACGAGGUUCAAGUUUAUUUUACCAACAGACGAAACCGUUUCUAAUUCGAAAAACGGGAAGCAGAUCAAACCAAUCAAUCCAUCAGAUGCAGUUAGUUUGAAAACAUCGUUUUCCAACACCCAGGAGAAUAGCAGCGGCAGCUCGAGAGAAGGUUCUUUGACUCCGCAGCAUAUGAAAGGUGCCGAGACCAAGUCUGCGCCUGUUCUCAAGCUCGGGGACGAUUUUGUCAACGAGCUUCGUGCAAAUGCUGAGGCCUCGGUUGUGAAGCGAGAAGAGGCUGCCGCAGCUGCUGCUGCUUUUGCAAGAGAUGGUACCUCUUCUCCAAUUCCAGACAGUCUGAAUGCCUUUGCGGGGCGCUCUCAGCAGUUUAUUCAGUCUGCCAAAGACCGACUCAAGAAACCUUUGAAGCCGGUUAAGAAAGUUUACAAGCCGGAAGAAAUUCCAGAAGAGUACCGAACCAAGCCGAACUUCUCGUACUCGACGCUCAUUGCAGAGUGUUUGAGACAAAAGGGCACGCAAAAAGGAAUGUCUCUUUCUGAGAUCUACAAAGGAAUCCAGGAAUUGUAUCCUUAUUAUUAUUAUUGUCCUGAUGGGUGGCAGAGUUCGGUCAGACACAACCUUUCGCUGAACAAGUCAUUCCGCAAGGUGUGCAAGGAAGGAAAGGGCUGGCUUUGGGGUCUUGACGAAGAGUAUUUUGCUGAGAAGGAACGGUUGAAGCGCAAACAGAUCGAACUGGCCAAUAUCAAGGCCACACAGCAUCUGCAGACGCUUUCCCAGCAAUUCCAACAACAGCAGCCGCCUCGUUCCAGUCCCGAAACGUCCAGUUCUCCUGCAAACGAGACGAACACCCCGGAAACAAAUUCGGGGUCCAAAUUGUCUGGCGACACAAAGAAAGCCCUAUCUUAUCUUCAGAAAGAGCUUAUCCGUCUAACCAAAGACCGCAAAAUGUACGAUAAAGAAACAACCACCCAGAUCCUGACGCAGGCGCUCGCAAUGACCAUUGCCCAGGUGAACCAGGCCGCAAAGAAUGCAGGAAUCCAAGGGUUCCCAUUGGUGACCUUGAUUGAUAAGAACCCUGCCCAUAUCACCAAGAUUUUGUCUGCAGCAUUGAAUGCUGCCACCAUCCAGGUGACCAAGAAGAAAGGACUGACUCCUCCCGCAAGCACGCCGCCGCCGGCUCCUCCUGCUACCAAACCCGCAGAGCCUGUUCCGCCGCGGUCGGCUGCCCAACAGUUUGCCAGACCGUCGCCGCAGGUCCCAAAGCCUCUUGCGUCUUCCAAUUCUAUCAAGCCGAUUUCAUCCAUCCAAGCGGGAAACUCCUCGGCGCAUCCACCAACGUCUCAUUCUCCUAUCCCAUCGAUAAGAAAGCCACAAUACUACGGUAAGCCUUCGUCUGUGGUUCCUCCUAACGCGAAACCUGUUAAUAAACCGGGACUCCAGAAACAGACGAGCUACGACAACGAGAGCAUCCAGCUACAAUUCCAGAAAUUCUCGCAUCCAACACCUCCUGUCACUGCAGUUUCGAAAAAUAAACCAGAGCUGGAAGACAUGGAGCUCAAGAUGAUGUUGGAUAACAUGGACACCGACAAGGACACGCCGAAAGAACUUGAUCUGGACAACUUUUUGGCUCAGCAUUCUCAGGAAGUCGACUUCGAGACCAGAAAAAGAUCAUUGGACACUCUAGACUUGACCAAAGAAGACGAACCCGAAUACAAGUCUUCUAAAGUUGAGCAAUAA